AUGACGAUCGGCUGUGGCGCGACGUGCAGCACAGCCCCUGGCGUUGCUGAUAAGCUACCGCUAUCGACUAGCGCCUGUGGCGGUGCAGCGCCACACCUCUUCUUCGAGCCGUUACACGCGACGACGAAAGUGCAGCAGGUGCUGGAUAUCAAAUCAUUCACGUCUCCCCCCUCCACGCCCCUCAUUCUCGCCCCUCAACACCACACCACCACCACCACCACCACCACCCCGCCCACGAUCACCACUGCUUCAGCUCAGAGGUGCUGA